UGAAUUGAUAAAUCGAAAAGAAACCUCCGAAUGGAAGACCACGGAGAUUUGCAGUCCUUGCUCUUGGCAACCAAAACAGGAAAGGAAAUUUCUGAAUAUCAUAUUAAAUUGCUGCAAAAACAAAAUAUUCGAACGGUGGAAGAGUUCGUGCAUGCAGAUAAGCUGCACACGAGACUUGCGCUGAGCAACGAUAAAACGGAGCAAAUUAAGCGGGAGAUCUUGGAUUUGUGUGUGCGCAGGAUUAAGUUUAAAACCAUCUAUAAAUGCGAACCCAUAAGCUACUCCACAGGCAUAGAAGAAUUGGAUAACCUUUUGGAUGCGAUUGGCCAGCCUUUGCGGCCUGGUCGUGUUUGGGAGCUCGUUGGGGAAAAUGAUGUGGGAAAAACCGAACUUCUACACACGCUGGCUGUGAAUUUCGUUUGUAAACAAGAUGACAAUCAGCAGGUGCUGUUUGUGGACACCAAUUUGGACUUUGAUAGCGAACGUCUAGACGAGAUCCUGCGAAAGAAGCAGCUAACUGACGAAGCUAUAGAUAACUAUUUAGAUAGGAUUAGUGUGGCUAAAGCAUGCACUGCAGAAGCUUUGCUGGCAGCUCUUCAAGAACUGCUCAGAAGGCUAACAAGCUCUAAGGGAAGCUCUGAGAGUGUCUCGGACAUAAAGCUGAUCCUCAUAGAUUCCCUGACAGCUUGUUAUAUUCUAUAUCGCAGCAGCUAUGACCGGAAUAAGGGACGCAGCUUUCUAACAGAGCUGACCGUAGUUAUACGCAAGCUAGCUGUGGAGCAUAGCAUAGCUUUUAUCAUUGGCAAUGCGAUAUUUAGUUUGGAUGAAGAAUCAGCUGCAGAUGAUGAUGAGGAGGAGCUGAGCCACAUAGGGGCUGUGAAUCCAGAGGAUUGCAACUACUUGGGGGACUACUGGAGCUCCGUUUGUACACUCAUAUUGUCGCUGGAGCUGCCAGAGGAUUCUGUACAGGAGAAUGAUCUGCGUGUGCUUAAAGUGCUUAGCAACAGCUUUGGCAUCGGCGAGGGCAGCUGUUGGUUGCGCCUGACUGAUGCUGGCAUCAUUUGAAACCUAUUUAACGUCUAGCUCCUGGUCCCAGUUGCUGUUGCUGGUACGAUUUCAUCACCCUUUUGCCCGGUUCUAUGCCAUCGCUUAAACCAGGUCGUUUCCUCUUAUUGCCAGCAGCGCUUUUGUUGACUGUUGUUGCUGGCGCUUCCAUCUUAGGCUCAUUUCCAGCAGCCACAGCCUCAACGGAGAGAUCCGAGUCGUGCGCAUAUUGACAGCUUGUGCCGAAGCGACAUCGUCCUUUUCUAUAAUUCCAACAUAUUUUUCGUCCAUUUUUUAGCUGUAAAUGUGCAUCGUUGUUGACCAUUUUCACGUGUCUUUCCAGUGAAGCGGUCUUGUGCAGCUCUGCAUCCAGAAAUGGAUUACUAAAUACAUCGCCGGUUCGUUUUGCAGCCGCAUUAUCCAAAGCAUCGCUAGCACUGGGCAGCUUUAAGGGUUUCUGUGUGGCAGGCGCGCUGAAAUUUAUACUUUUAUAAAUACUAAUUAUAAAUAUAUAAAUACUGUUUUUUCACC